AUGUCGUGCGUACCACCGACGGAAAAAGAACUUCGCAAGCAAAUUACAAUUCGUGGUUUAGCGCAAGUCGGUAAUAUUUCUGGCAUAAAGAAGAGUUUUAAUAGACAUUUGCAUUUCACUCUGGUGAAGGACAGAAAUGUGGCGACACAAAGAGAUUACUUCUUUGCCCUGGCGCACACAAUUAAAGACCACUUGGUUGGCCGCUGGAUUAGAACCCAACAAUAUUAUUAUGAAAAAGAUCCCAAGAGAAUCUACUAUAUCUCUCUGGAAUUCUACAUGGGGAGAACUCUGGCCAACACCAUGGUCAACCUGGGUAUCCAGAAUGCCUGCGAUGAAGCCAUGUACCAGCUUGGACUUGAUAUUGAAGAACUAGAAGAAGUGGAAGAAGAUGCUGGUCUUGGUAAUGGUGGCCUUGGUCGUCUUGCUGCAUGCUUUUUGGACUCAAUGGCUACUCUUGGCCUUGCUGCUUACGGAUAUGGUAUCCGUUAUGAUUAUGGUAUUUUCACCCAAAAGAUCAGCAACGGCUGGCAGAUUGAAGAGCCUGAUGACUGGCUUCGUUAUGGAAAUCCAUGGGAAAAAUCUCGUCCAGAGUACAUGCUUCCUGUGAACUUUUAUGGCCGUGUUGAACACAAUGAAAAGGGUGCCAAAUGGGUUGAUACUCAGUUAGUAUUUGCUCUUCCUUUUGACAACCCUAUCCCUGGUUAUGCUAACAACACCGUGAAUACACUGCGCCUGUGGUCUGCUAAAGCACCCAACAGCUUCAACUUAAAAUUCUUUAACAGUGGUGAGUACAUCCAAGCUGUCUGUGAUAGAAACCUUGCUGAGAAUAUCUCCAGAGUCUUGUAUCCAAAUGACAAUGUAUUUGAAGGUAAAGAACUCCGCUUGAAACAAGAAUACUUUUUAGUUGCUGCCACUCUGCAAGAUGUUGUCCGUCGUUACAAGUCAUCCAAAUUUGGUUGCCCAGAUGCUGUUCGCACUUCCUUUGACACCUUCCCUGAUAAGGUGGCAAUCCAAUUAAAUGACACUCAUCCUUCAUUGGCAAUUCCUGAGCUGAUGCGAAUCCUUAUUGACAUCGAGCGCCUGCAGUGGGAUAAGGCUUGGGACAUCUGUGUUAAAACUUGUGCUUAUACCAAUCACACUGUCCUACCUGAAGCUUUGGAACGUUGGCCUGUGUCUCUUCUUUCAAACUUAUUACCAAGACAUCUUGAGAUCAUGUAUGAAAUCAAUUCUAGAUUUCUGACUGAAGUAGCUAAAAAAUACCCUGGUGAUGGGGAACGUAUCAAGAGAAUGUCUAUUGUUGAAGAGGGUCACGAAAAGAAAAUCAACAUGGCUCAUUUGAGUAUUAUUGGCUCACAUGCAGUGAAUGGUGUUGCUGCUAUCCAUUCUGAUAUUAUUAAAACAACAACCUUUAAAGAUUUCCAUGAUAUGUUUCCCACUCGCUUCCAAAAUAAGACCAAUGGCAUUACUCCUCGCCGUUGGUUGUUGCUGUGCAACCCUGGACUUUCUGACGUUAUUGCCGAUAAAAUUGGUGAAGGAUGGAUUACAGAUCUUUUUAAACUAAAAGAACUUACAAAGUUUAUUGGUGAUCAAAACUUUUUGAGAGAAAUCAUGAGGGUGAAACAAGAAAAUAAAAUGAAGUUGGCUGCUUACCUGGAGAAACACCAAAAUGUCAAAGUCAACACUGCAUCAAUCUUUGACAUCCAGGUGAAGAGGAUUCACGAGUACAAGAGACAACUGUUGAAUGUAUUACACGUUAUUUAUCUUUACAACAAGAUCAAAAAGAAUCCUAAUGCAAAAUUUGUCCCCAGAACAGUUAUGAUUGGAGGAAAGGCUGCUCCUGGUUACCACAUGGCAAAAUUAAUCAUUAAACUUAUCAAUGCAGUAGGAAAUGUUGUGAAUAAUGAUCCAAUCAUUGGAGAUCGCCUGAAAGUCGUUUUCUUGGAAAAUUAUCGCGUAUCUCUUGCUGAGAAAAUCAUGCCUGCAGCUGACCUUAGUGAACAGAUUUCUACUGCUGGUACAGAAGCUUCCGGUACUGGUAACAUGAAAUUCCAACUGAACGGUGGUCUCACAAUUGGUACACUUGAUGGUGCCAAUGUUGAAAUGAGUGAAGAAAUGGGGUCAGAAAACAUCUUCAUCUUUGGUAUGACUGUUGAUCAAGUAGAGAAACUAAAGGGUCGUUACAAUCCUAAUGACUUCAUUGAGAAGAUACCAGAGCUUAAACAAAUUUUGGAGCAGAUCCGUAACAACUAUUUCUGCUCUCAUGAGCCUGGACUUUUCACAGAUAUUUAUAAUACCCUGGCACAUAGUGAUCAUUACAUGCUUUGUGCUGACUUCGAGAGUUACAUCAAAGCCCAAGCAAAAGUAGAGGACGUUUUCAAGAAUGCUAAUGAAUGGGCCAAAAAAUGUGUUUACAACAUUGCUGCUUCUGGCAAAUUCUCCAGCGAUCGCACAAUCAGUGAGUAUGCUCGUCAGAUUUGGGGUGUGGAGCCAUCAGAUAUUAAACUUCCACCACCUGGUGAAGGUGAACAGCAAGGUGAAGAGGAGGAGGAUUAAGCAGGCAAUUCAAUAAGUUGCAAUGCUGUUCUGUUAUCUUGUUGGUAUUUGACAUAUAAUACUAUGAACUUUGUUAAAUUUUACUAGCAACUCUAUUUAAAAGAUUUACUAUAUUCUCACACUUAAAUCAUGAUAUUGUUUAGCAGAUUUUUCCAACAUGUCCCACUUGUAUUAGCCUAUAAUAAAAAUAACUUCUUUUCUCCCACCCUUAGCUUCAAACUUUUAUUAUCUAUGAGGAAUUUUUAUAUUUUGCCAGUUAUUAGUUUUCUCCUACAUCUCAAUUCUUCUCUUGUUGAAAUAUUCUGAAAAUAUGUACGACAUACUACUCUUAUUUUCU